AUGUCGUACAAUCACAACCAGUACAACUAUCAGGUUCGUUUGUUUUUCGUUUUUUGAAUCGAUCAUGCCAUACAAAUAGGGAAUAGAGAGCCGGUUGAUAACAAGUUCAGUGAUAAGAACAGGAGGGGCCAAAGUUUUAAAGUUGAGCCAAAUGGUUUUACGAUAAUCUUAUUAGAAUAGGCGAGGAAACAGUCAUAGGUCCAGAUAACAGACCAUUGUUAGAAAAACACGUUUCAAAUGUUCGCCUGGGGCUUGGCAGAAGUCGGUGAGAUAUUCAGUUUCCUCGUGCUCGUAACCCUAGAUGUUUCCUGAACCCCCGCCCUCUUCCCAGGUGAACACACACUGAAAUCCCGUUCCGAAGGGUCCUUACACCCUCCCAUUCACCCCCUUAUGACCUAUAGACCGGCGUAUACAUUCGACGAGCCAUUUGCUGGAAAUGGUCCUCAGGUCCUCCUUCUUUACUUCCCUCCCAAUUCAUCCUUUUUCAGAUUGCCGUGGUCUUCGCCAUCGUGAUCGGAGGCGUCCUCCUUCUCGCCGGCGUUGUCUAUGCCAUCUACGUGGUCGUCGUCAAGUCGGUAUGUUUUGUUGUUUCCUUUCUUUCCGUACAGUCGAAGCUGGAAGUUUGCCAACCGUCCGAUGCUUUUGAAGGCGAGAGAGUGAAGAUACGCAGACGCGCCCUAUACGAUUCAAUUUCGGAAAGCGGCGGGCCGGACGGCUCGAAGAAUUCCUUUCGUUUGCGAGUGCGCUCCAAAUCAUAUGUACAUGUAAUGUUUGUGUUUGCAUGUGAAUGCGGAAAGAGCGCGCGGAAAGCGGAGAGAAACGGUCAGAAACAGAAGCAUUUGGCAAAUAAGCGGGAAGGUCAACGGGCGGAUGGCCACGGAGGAAACGGAAUAUGGAAAUGGAAAAGUUGCAGAUGAGACCGGAUGACAAGCAAAGGCUCAAUUCGGGUAGGAACUCGGCCAAUUGGGCACAGCAACCACAGCAAUACAGGUGGGAAAUGGAGAAAGAGAGAGAGGAAAACAAGAAACAAGAACAUUUCAGAGAUCAACCAGCCUCUGCUUACCCGUACAAUCCAGCUCCAUCGGUCCAAAACUACGAGUGAGUUCUCAGAAUUCGUUCCUACUGCACCUAUCUCAUCUUCCAUUCUUUUCAGCUUCAACCAGGCACCUCGCACGCCAGUGAAUGCGACUUCCUACACUCCAGUGCCAUCCACGACCCCGUACAACCAACCACAACAGUACUCGAACGUCCCCCUCGCCACACCGACCACUCAGCAGUACAUUAGCAAUCAAGGAAUCCCACAGUACCAACCAGAAGUGAUUUACACCUCGGGACCGCAGGGAUACAUCCAGCAGAUCCCCACCGACUACUCUAUCCAACGCCAAUCUCCAGGCGCCAACUUCGUUCAGUCGUCGGUCUGA